CAAUUCAAAGUUUCAAACCCUAAACAGACCCUUCACUCAUCACUCUCUCUCUCUGUUCUUCUGUUCCCGGAGACGCUACUACUGCAACCACCGUUCGCCGUGCCGCCUCCGUCACCGUCGCGCCGUUCGUCCGAGUCUUCGAUUGAGUGUUUCAUGGCCUCCAAAACAGAAAGUGGGAACUCAGGUGGUACUGAUCAAUCAGCGCCAAAGAGUACAUACAAAGAUCCAGAUGAUGGACGGCAACGAUUUUUGCUUGAGUUGGAAUUUGUUCAAUGCCUUGCUAACCCCACCUAUAUUCACUAUUUGGCUCAAAAUCGGUAUUUUGAGGAUGAAGCUUUCAUUGGAUACUUAAAGUAUCUUCAAUAUUGGCAGCGCCCUGAGUAUAUUAAAUUUAUUAUGUAUCCUCAUUGCCUCUAUUUUCUUGAGCUUCUACAGAAUGCAAAUUUUCGCAAUGCAAUGGCACACCCUAACAAUAAGGAGCUGGCACAUAGACAACAAUUCUACUUCUGGAAGAACUACAGGAACAAUCGGCUAAAGCACAUUUUGCCUAGAUCACUUCCUGAACCUACUGCCACAACUGCGCCUCCUGCAGCUUCAACUCCGGCUCAGCCACCUGUGCCUGCAUUGCCACCAGUACCUGCCACAAAUGUUCCAGUGACAGGUUCAUCUUCUCAAGCCCCUUCUCCAAUGCCAUAUGGUAUGCCCCCUGGAUCUGGUCCUGCAAAAAAUGACAUGAGGAAUCCUUCAAUGGAUAGAAGGAAGCGGAAGUGAUUUUUUAGGGCAUGUAAGUCGGUUUUAAAAAGUAUACAAAGUAUUUAUAUUGAAGUGGUUACAAUGAUAGAUCAAAGUUCUUAUGCAUCCGAGUUAUUUUUAUUA